AAGACAGUGAUUUGAGAAUGAAUUUUCGGUUGAUAGUGAGCCUGAACAUGCGGGGUUAGAAAUAAAAAAAAAAUAAAAAAAAAUUCUCCUAAAUUGGUGAAGUAUGAUGAAUUUACUGAUUCGCCGGCCAUUUUCUUUUGCUGUUCAACGAUUCUGCCAUCGGAGCCUCUCCUCUUCCCUUCCAUAUGUUAAUGAUGAACAGAAAGCGAGUCGUAUGGAAGAGGGUACUAAUAUUCAUCCGUCGGCGGUUGUUCAUCCGGGUGCCAUUUUAGGGCAGGGUGUUUCCAUUGGUCCUUUUUGCACCGUUGGACCUUUUGCGAAGUUGGGAAAUUCAUGUAAAUUAUAUCCUGGGAGUCAUGUUUCUGGAAAUACAGAGCUAGGAGAUAGCUGCACUGUGAUGAUGGGUGCUAUAGUUGGUGAUGAUCUUCCAGGCCGUACAGUUAUUGGAUAUAACAACAUUAUUGGGUAUCAUGCUGUUGUGGGCAUCAAGUGUCAGGAUAUGAAAUACAAGCCAGGGAAUGAAUGUUUUCUUGAGAUUGGUGACAACAAUGAGAUAAGGGAAUAUUCAUCUAUUCAUAGGUCUUCACGUCCAGACGAAAAAACAGUUAUUGGGGAUGACAAUCUUAUCAUGGGAUCUUGUCACAUAGCCCAUGACUGCAAAGUGGGUAACUGUAACAUUUUCGCAAAUAAUACUCUAUUGGCUGGCCAUGUUACUGUGGAGGACUAUACUCACACAGCAGGGGCAACCGCUAUCCAUCAGUUUUGUCAUAUAGGUUCUUUUUCAUUCAUAGGUGGUGGCUCAGUGGUUUCUCAAGAUGUUCCAAACUACACAAUGGUCUCUGGCGAACGAGCUGAAUUACGUGGAUUAAAUGUAGAAGGUCUAAGGCGUCGUGCAUUUUCUAUUGUGGAGAUAAGAAGCUUGAGAAUGGCUUAUAGAAAAGUAUUUAUGCCUAGUGAUGGAAAUUUACAUAGUAUUGAAGACCGUCUGAGUGAAUUGGAUAAAGAUAACGAAUUGGGUCAAGUCCCGGUCGUUCGUACUAUGUUACAAUCGAUUCGAGAUUCGUUUAUGGAGGGACGUCGUGGAAUAUGCAAGUUUAGGUCAUGGAGUGGAUCUUAAUACGUUAAGUGUUUCUACAUAUACUUACUUUCGAGUCUCCCAGUUUUUGUAAACUUAGCUGGAUUAAGGUAAGGAUGAAAGGGCUUUAAAAGCUAUUCUGCAUUCUCGGUUAUUGCAAGGAUCUCCAUUUCAGGGGCAGCUGCAGAUUUCAUUCAUCAUAUGUGCAAUUUGCAGCUUCUCGAGGAAGAAGAUGAUGAUGGUCUUCUUGUGUUACGUGAAUGUAAUGCUAUAGCAGCUGGGUCCAUGUCAUUACAAUUUUCACAUUUAUAGGAGACUCGCCACAUGGUGCAGACUAGCGACUUAUAUUUUCUCCCUUUUUUUCUUUUUUGAUGUCUGAUUUAAAACCUAGAUAUGGAGAACCACUUCUCGUGUACAUUCUUCAUUCGGAUUUUUGAAUGCAUUUCUAAACUUUUAUUAAAUUAAUAUUCGCAAACAUUAUCAAUAUUCGCGAACGAGCUUGUGUUCAUUUGAUUAUUAAACGAGCCUAUUUUCUGUUCGAACUCUGCUCGAUUAACAGACGAACGAGUUUUUG